AUGAAAACUAUCGGAAACAAAAAAGAUCUGCCACGCCCGACAUUUCUGUACUUUCUGUACAAAAAUGAAACUGGACCAAUGUUGCCAGCUGGAUUUCACAAUAGUUUUCGAGACCCAAAAUGGAACGAACUGAAAUCGACGGAGGAUGAGGAGUGGACGAAGAUGUGGCAAAUCCUCAGAAAGGAGCAGGAAAGGCAGUGGAAGGCUGGGCUGAUGAAGUUUGAAAAGGUGAUGUUGUUCAUCUGA